AUGCCUCGCGUCCCCGCACUAUCUCCAACGACUGGCAAGACUGUACCUUCAUAUUUCGUGCACACCACCGACGCCCAAUUCGUCGACAACGCUGGCCGUACCCUUCUCCUCCGCGGCGUCAACCUCUCUGGCGCAGACAAGGCUCCCGUGGGUGCCCCGUCACAACGCCAUGAAGACUUCUGGGAGUCAGGAGAGAGCGGCGAGAUGAGCUUCGUGGGGCGACCAUUAGACCUAGAAGACGGCUCUGCCGACGUCCACCUCGCGCGCCUCAAGGGAUGGGGCUACAACAUGCUGCGGUAUGUCGUCACUUGGGAGUCGCUGGAACAUGCGGGACCCGGCAAGUAUGACACUGAGUUCAUGGACUACACCGUCCACGUGCUUCGGAAGUGCAAAGAGUUUGGUUUCCGUGUGUACAUGGACCCUCACCAAGACAUUUGGUCAAGAUUCUCCGGCGGGUCCGGGGCACCAUACUGGACCAUCCCUGCCUGCGGUAUCAACCCUCGCAACUUCACCGCGACGAAAGGCGCCAUCCUUCACUCGGAGUGGCCGUCAACAUCCGACGCAGACCCAGCAAACCUCCCCGCGAUGAUCUGGAGCACGAACUACGGCAGGCUAGCGGCCCAAACGCUGUUCACCCUGUUCUUCGCCGGCCGCGAGUACGCACCAAAGUGCAUCAUCGACGGGCAAAACAUCCAGGACUACCUCCAGUCCCACUACAUCGCCGCGUUCGGCCAGCUCGCGGACCGGAUACGCGACGCCAGCGACCUGCUCGACGAGUGCGUCAUCGGCUGGGACAGCAUGAACGAGCCUUUCGAGGGCUUCUGCACGUACGAAGACCUCAACAUGGUGCCGAGCAAACAGGGCUCCACUUUGAAGAAGGGCCCGUUCCCCUCUCCCGCGCAGUCUCUCCGCCUCGGCAUGGGCACGGCGCAAACCGUCGAGUGCUGGAAGUUCACUUCAACGGGUCCCUCGCGCGACGGCACCACUACCAUCGACCCACAAGGACAGAAGAUGUGGGCCGACCCCUCGUCCGAGCCGAACGGCGUCCACCCAAAGUGGGGCUGGAAGCGCGACCCGGGCUGGAGUCUCGGGACCUGCGUAUGGGCCCAGCACGGAGUAUGGGACACCGCAAGCGGCACCGUGCUCAUCCCCGACUACUUUCGCAACCUCCGAAACGGACAGCCGUUCGUGUUCAUCGACGAGUUCUGGAGGGCGCACUGGGAGACGUUCGCGACGCGGAUGCGCGAGUCCCACCCAGAAGCCAUCCUGUUCGUUGCCCCACCCGUCUUCUCUCCCCCACCACAACUCGACGAGCGCUACCUCAAGGGCCGAUGCUGCCUGUCGACACACUACUACGACGGUCUCACGCUCGUGUCUCGCCACUGGAGCUGGUACAACGCCGACGCCCUCGGUCUCAUUCGUGGCAAGUACUCGUCGAGCCUGCCUGCGGUCCGGAUCGGGGAGCGUGCGAUCCGGAAGUGCUUGCAGGAACAGCUCGGGUAUCUGAAGGACGACGCGAAGAUCCUGGGCGCGUACCCGACGAUCAUCGGCGAGAUCGGCAUCCCGUACGACAUGGACGGGAAGAAGGCGUACGGCUGGACGGACAACGGCAAGUACAAGGGCGACUACUCGAGCCAGCAGAAGGCGCUCGACGCGAGCCUCAACGCGGCGGACGGGCCGAACGCGCUCAACUUCACGCUCUGGAACUACUGCCCUGACAACUCGCACCAGUGGGGCGACGGCUGGAACAUGGAGGACCUGAGCAUCUGGAGCGCCGACGACCUGCAGAACGCGGGGCAGUUCAAGAUGGACGCGUCCGCGGAGAUCUCGUCCGCGUCGCUCCUGAAGAAGGACAAGGAUGGCGCGAGCGUGCACACGUCCUCGGCGGCGACCUCGAGCGUCUCGCUGCCCACGCUCGCCGGCGGCUCGGACGCGGACGCGUCCACGCUGACCACGCCGCGGGUGCCGCGCUCGCUCGCCAGCUGGGACAACAUCUACGACUUCCUCACCGACGGCGCGCGCGCGCCCAAAGCGUUCUGCCGCCCGUUCCCGACCGCCGUCGUCGGCGUCCCCACCGGCAUCCAGUUCGACCUCGCGACGGCCGUUUUCAAGCUCACGGUCCGCGUCCGCGCGGAGGACGCGCCCUCGGCCGAGCGCCUCGGGCUCGCCGCCCUCCUCCGCGAACCGGGCGAGGCGGAGCUCCCGACGGAGAUCUACGUCCCACUCGUGCACUACGCGAGCGACCACCUCCUCGACGGGUCGACCUCCGCGGCCCACACGCCCCUCGUUGACCACCCCCCUGCGACGCCGUCGGACCCGCUCGCCACGCUCGCUGGACCCAGCCCGCUGCUCGCGCUCGACGUCGAGGUCUCGGAGGGCCGGUGGGCCGUCGAGGGCCAGACGCUCAAGUGGUGGUACCCGGUGCCAGAGAGCGGGACGCGGGAGUACGCGAUCGUGGUCCGCCGGUCGAAGGGGGCGAUCAAGGCGCUUGGUGAGGAGGAGGCGGAGGUGUCGUGCGUGGACCGGGUCCUCAGCGGCUGCUCGGAGUGCACGAUCAUGUAG